AUGGAUGGCACGAACCAAACAGCAGUGACGGAAUUCAUUUUCCUUGGGUUUUCGGGGGUUCCCUCUCUGCAGCUCACAUUAUUUGUGCUGUUUCUCACGACAUAUCUGCUCUCCCUCAUGGCAAACACCCUCGUCAUUUUCAUUGUUCUGAUGGAGUCCACACUCCAGACACCCAUGUACAUUUUCUUAGGAAAUCUGUCCUUCCUAGAGAUCUGGUACACUACAGCCACAGUGCCUAAAUUGCUGACCACCUGCCUCUCGCAGGCUGUCACCAUCUCUGUCUUUGGCUGUGUUACGCAGUACUACUUCUUUUUCUCCAUGGGAGCUACAGAGUGCAUCCUGCUGGCAGCGAUGGCCUACGACCGGUACGUGGCUGUGUGCAGCUACUCGCGACUCAUGAGUCUGCAGAUCUGCUUUCGGUUUUCGGCCGGAUCCUAUGGGGGCUUCGUUGCCCCUCUCUUACCUACCAUACUGAUCUCUCGUCUACACUUUUGUGGCCCCUAAAAGAUCAACCACUUCUUUUGUGAUUCAGACCCCAUUUUUAAGCUCUCCUGCUCAGAUACGUUCUUGGUAGAGGCCUUGGGCUACACGUGUAGCUCUGUGGUGAUUCUGAGUUCUUUCCUUCUCACUAUGUCCUCCUACGGCAACAUAGUGGUCACAAUAGUCAGGCUGUCUUCCCGGGAGGCUCAGAAGAAAACUUUCUCCACCUGCGCUUCCCACCUCACUGUAGUUACCAUCUAUUAUGGCACCAUUAUCUUUGCCUACGUCCGCCCUCCAGCCAAGUACAACUUUACCAUUGGUAAAGUGGUCUCGAUUUUCUACUCUGUCCUUACUCCACUGGUGAACCCUCUCAUAUACACCCUGAGAAACAAAGAUGUAAAGAAAGCUUUCAGGAAAGUUCUAGCACAAAAGAGAUUUCUCUUGGCCAGAAACAUGCAGGAGUUUUGA